AAAACAGACGAAUGUAUAUACUGUAGUCCAAUCUUUGAAAAAUAUCCAAAUUAAUUAAAUAUUUUCAAAAUGAAGACCUCACGAACUAAAAAAGUCCGAAAAACUCUUGGAUUUUAUGUAAACAAUUAUAAAUUUCAUCAACCUUUUCAAGUUCUUAUUGAUGGUACAUUUGCAUUUGCAGCAUUACAGAACAAAUUUAACAUACAGAAGCAACUUGGCAGGUACUUCCAAUCUGAAACGAAGUUGCUAACAACAGCAUGCAUCAUCUUGGAAACUGAGAAACUUGGUACAUUCUCUCCAGCAGUUAACGGUGCUAUGCAAAUAGUAAAACAGUAUGUUUUACAUAGAUGUGGACAUGAAAAGAAACCAAUAAGUGGCUCAAAAUGUUUUUUGUCUAUGAUAGGAAAAGAUAAUAGUGCAAGAUAUAUCAUUGCAACACAAGAUCGUGAGCUUCAAGAUAAAGUGAGGAUAAUUCCGGGAGUUCCAUUAAUUUAUUUACAUGGAAAAGUACCCACAUUAGAUUCUCCUUCAGAGGCGAGCCGUAAACAUGCUGAAGCUAUGCAAAAAGGUUUAGGUGGUAUAUCUACAUGGGAAAAAGAAAAUGUAAAAGCAUUGCGAAAGCAAGCAGGGCUAGAAGAAAAAGAAACUAAACUGAAGAAGAAAAAGAAAAAGGGAGGACCAAAUCCACUUAGUUGUUUAAAGAAAAAGAAAAAACCAGAAGCAAUAUUGAAGAAAAAUGGUAUAAAAUCUGGCAAGGUCAGAAGAAGAAAAAGUAAAAUAGCGCCACAUAUCAAAGAAGCUUUAUUAGCAGAACUGAAGAAUAAACAUAGGACAUAAAAUUGUAUGUAUGUGAAUUAUGCAAAUUUUGAACACAUGUAUUCUGUGAAUACAAUAUAUAAAAAUUAAAAUUUUUUUUUAAAUUAGAA